GCUGGAACUACUUUUUUCGUCUAUUUUGGUGGAUAACGCUUUUCUCCGAGGCGUGGUUUCGUCGGCAAAUGACAACACAUCAGCUGUUCGCUUCCACAAACCCGAAUGCGUAAAAUGGCUGCUACGCCAGAUUCGAAAGCGGAGAAUGGUGUUUUGGACGAAGUGUUCAUACAAGAAGUGUUUGACACCGGAGAUGACAUACUGAUCAAAGCGACUUUCAAUUCCUACUUUAGUGGUCGUUUGACGCCGCUGUUGAAGGAGGAACUCAAAUGUCGGAUUCAAACUCGGAGGCUCUCCGAGGGGAAGGAUGAGCUUCAGGUGGAGUUCAAAGCCCCGGUCAAAAACGAGCCUCGCCCAGAAGAAUUGGCAAAACUCGACAAAAGACGAGAACAGAACAGACGAGCGGCGAGGAAGUUUCGAGAGAAGAAACGAUCUGGAGCAGACGAUCUAGUCAAGGUCACAGGUAAACUCGAAAGUGAGAACAAUGAACUUCGUAUCGAGAUUUGUCAGUUAAAGCAGGAAAAAGAUCAACUCGCAACGAUUCUUACCGAACAUAUCAGGCUGUGUCACGUGAUCAACCUCGACCACUCGCCUCCAUGACGUGUGGCCCGGACUCCGCCUACUUCUUUUACACCUGUAUUCGCUUCUAACACCAUCAAUUCGGACGAAGACAAUUUGUCAAACUGGUUUACUGUAAAACAGUGUCCAGUGAUCUCAACUAAUCCACGUAUUGUUUUGUAUGCCAUCUGAACAGUAGCUUAGUAGUGAUAUUAGAAACAUAAUGGGGAACCAAAUAUUAAGUAUAAAUUACGUUGUAACCGAAACGAAACACGUUUUACCUCUACUGAAUCUGUUAUAUACCUCAGGUGUUGCAUAAACACGUUCACCCUGAACAAGGGAGUCGCUUUAGGACUGAGAUGAUCAUAUGGAGGUGGGGGAUGUUUAGGAGGGAAUUUCUUUUCGAAGUUCAGACAUAUUAAUAACAUUAUAUAAUUUGGAUUAAUUUUAUUUUUUAUUAUAUUUUAUUUUUAAAGAAAAGAUGAAAAAACACAUUAAAAACACCAUUGCGUUGCCUUUAUCCAUCCCCCACCCUCUACUUGGUUAUUUCUCGAACUGCCCGUCAUUUGAACAAUUUGACAAAGGGUAAACGUAUUUAUAUCUAGGUUCUAUAUCUCUCAUCGGUCAGUUUUAAAAUAUAGGAUGUGAAAGUAUCACAUAUAACAUAUCUAAAAUAGAAAAUCAAAGUUGAUUUUACAAGAUGCCAAGAAAAGAUCAUUAGAUCGAAAAUACGAACCCACGAUAAUUAAUAAUACUAUUGUAGUACAGGCGAUUUACAAGUAUUUUUGUGAUAUAGUCUAUUAAUUGGCUAUCAUGUAAAAUUAUAAAAUUAAGUUUACACUUUUUUCCUUGUUAGUAUGUUAAUAUGCAGAAAUAUAUUAAUAUUAAUUAAUGUGUCAUUGGAUUUUGGCCACAAAUUCGUGAAUUUUUAUGCACCUUGUCAUUAGGUUAGUACAAGAAAAGCCACUGUCAUUUUUUUUCAUUUAAGAUAAAGGUAUAUGGUCCUCUUACAAUUAUCUCUAAUAUUUCUGAAUAUAAUUAAAGGCGACGUCACACAAUACGAGUGCCUCUUACGCGAAUAGCCAAUGAAAUCGUAAUGUUGUCUGUCACAAUCGGUUAUUCUCGCACUAGGGACUCGUAUAGUGUGGCGACGCCUUUAGUUUCUUGCUUCAAGUAGUAAUCUUUUUUACAUCUAGUCAUGCCAAUGUAUUUCUUGGUUUUGCACAGCGACAUUUGUAAUUGUUACCUGUAGAGAAGUUAAAAUUUCAUGUUCGUGAUCAUUGGAAGUCUUUUGAAUUGUUUCAUGUCCUGAAGAUUCAAUUGGAAGCAUUUCUAAACAGUGCUUACAAAAAUACAAUAUCAUUAAGAUCAUAGCGUGAGUAAAAUGGUAACACCAAAACACUGCCGUAGCCAUAGAGGGGCCAUGGGGGCCAUAUCCCAAUCAUACCUUUUUUUGUCCCCACCAUUUUUUUAUAUUUUCCUUUCAUCCCGUAUUAAUUUACCAUAGUUUGACACCCAAUAGUCAAUGUAUUUUUUUCGUGGUGGGGUGCC